UGCUCGGGAAGAGCGUCUUUUGCUUCUCUGUGUCAUCCGUCCAGUCUCAGUGCUGUAGCCACCACACCAAGCACCAUGACCCAGUCAAUGAUACGCCGGACACUGAAGAACCUGGUUCAGAAUUUCUCUGAGGCUGAAGUCAAGGUGAGGGAGGCGACCUCCAAUGACCCCUGGGGGCCAUCCAGCUCGCAGAUGUCUGACAUAUCUGACCUGACCUACAAUGUGGUUGCAUGCAACGAAAUUAUGGCAAUGUUGUGGAAGCGUCUUAACGAUGACAAGAACUGGAGGCACAUCUACAAGUCUUUAACCCUGUUGGAGUAUCUCCUAAAAACUGGUUCAGACCGUAUUCCGAAGCAGUGUCAAGAGAACAUUCAUAUUGUCAAACCUCUAGUAGAGUAUCGCUACACAGACAAGGAUGGGAAAGACCAGGGUGUGAAUGUCAGGGAGAAAGCCAAAUUAGUGAUGGCACUAAUAGAAGAUGAGCAGAAACGUAAAGAGGAGAGGGAGUUUGCCAUGAAGACCAAGGACAAGUUGGCGACUGCUUCCAUAAACUCCAGUGAUAAAACAAAGGCUGAGAUUCCUCCGUAUUCUGGGUUGCCAUCCUUGGAUAACAUCCCAUCCGUGGCUGAUCUAACAGCCACUAUGGCGAAGAAAAAGGAGGAGCAGCGGGCAAUGGAGGAAAAAAAGAAGGAAGAAGAAAGACUUGCGAAGCAAGGUGAUGCAGAACCUGACCUGUGGGAACAAGCCUCAACAGCAGCCCCUACAUCCAACUCCGAUCCUUGGGGAGCUCCAUCUGAUGCUCCGAAAGAUACAGAUUCCGCUACAAACGACCCCUGGGGCGCACCUUCAGAAGACUCCAAAGAUUCGGGUUUGGCACCCAGCGAUCAUUGGGAAGAGUCGGUGGAUAGUGUAAAAGACGUUGCUCCCAACGAUCCAUGGAGUGCUUCAACAGACAUCGAAAAACAAUCACCCUCUGCCAAGAAUGAUCCGUGGGGUGACGCAGCAGAACCUAAAGAAGACAAAGGUCCUUCUAAUAAUGACCCAUGGGGCACAGCAGAUGAUUUAGGUGCAGAUUUACAGCAUGAAAAAACAGAUCCUUGGGGAGCACCGAAAGAUUCCGUGGAAGGGUCUGGUCAUGCAUCGUCAGACGCCUGGGGGACGCCGUCAGCUGCAACUGUGGCAAAGUCUGACCCAUGGGCUGGAGAUAAUGGAACCUCAGGAGAUAAUGGAACUUCUACUGAUCCAUUUGCUGAUGGGGCCAAACCUGAUAAUGACCCAUGGGACUCUUUAGCUUCAGCACCAAUUUCAUUGAAUGACCCCUGGGGUACCACAUCUCCCCCUGAUGCAGCAGCAGCAACUGACCCAUUUGGUGAUGGAGGAAGCUCGGAUUCCUGGGGUGCCCCUACAGAAAGUAACGUAGCCUCAUCGGAGGACUCCAAAAACACAGCUGGUUUCUUCGAGGAUGGAGCAUCAUUGGUGGACCUCGACAAUCUCAUGUCUGUCAAACCCAAACCAACACAGCCUCCACUUAAUGCUAUGGCAACCAAUAGUCAAAAAGCACAGGGGUUCAAGUAAGGACGUUGACUUGCAUGCUCAUGAACCAGAGCUAUUAACUCCUAUGCUUUAGAUCAUAAAGGUAAAAUUAUACAUAUCUAUGAUACAGUUUAAUUUGCGCACAUAAUAAUGAAUUAGAAAAAUAAUAACAAUAUUAAGUCAAGAAUGUUUAUGUUUUCCCUAAAUGAAGGCACGUCACAGCUUCUCCUCGGCUUACCCAAGUUGCCAGCAUCACUAUUUUUUAGCUUUAGCCAUAUUACGUACUAGUGAUGAUUUUCAUCCCGAGCAGGAAGACAUGAGAUGAUUUCAAGAACUGCUUAGAACAGCCCCAAAAAAGGUCCUGGGUUCGAUCCCCAGGUGGGGCGAUCCGGAUCCUUUCUGUGCAGAGUUUGUAUGUUCUCCCCGUGUCUGCGUGGGUUUUCUUUGGGAGCUCCGGUUUCCUCCCACAGUCCAAAGAUGUGCAAGUGAGGUGAAUUGGAGACACUAAAUUGCCGUGACAAUUAGUAACUACUGUUUCUGUCAUGAAUGUAACUAAAGUGUGUAAAACAUGACGUUAAAAUGCUAAUAAAUAAUUGUAUUUAAUGUUUUUAAAACAUGGUUGACUGUGGGUAAGUGAAAUUGGCAGACAAAAAAAUAAAAAAUUUAAAAAAAUAAUAAUUGUAAUAAUUGUAACUUUUAUUCAAAUUUGUCAUCAUUGAGACCAGACUAUGGACUUAUUUAUUUAUUUAUUUAUUUAUUUAUUUAUGUGCUCUGUUGAUCUUGAAAUAAUGUUGGUAACUUUUUUUUUACAAUUGUAAAAGGAACAGCAAGUCAAUAUGAUGAAGUAAAACUUGGAGCCGUCAUGCAGUUACGCUGGAAUUGAUGUCAUUUCUGAUGAAUCAGUGUUGUAAUUAUAUCUUUAUUUUGGAUGACAGAUACAUAUAUUUAUUCUAUUGUUUGUUGUGAAUAUAUGGGAAGACCAAAUAAAGUUAAUAAUGGUGUGAA